UUUCUGCUUAGUGGGGAGGUGAAUCGCUUAGGAUUAGACCUUCAAGGAGAUGAUCUUAGUGUCUUCUCAGAUAGCAGUCUGCCGCAUUGAGUUCAUCACUUUUAUCACUUUUUGUUGACCAAAAGUAUCUCAGGUUGUGUUGUUACACCAUCAAUUGUCGAGGCUAUGCUUAUGGAAUUCUAAGUCGGGAGAGAGUCCUUGAUGUAUUGUUGUGGCAAAUAGAGCUUAUAGAAACAUAACCAAACACAACUGGAGGGAUAACUUCAUGAAGUGUAGUGUUUCCCUUUAAAUAGCUUAGGUACAUUCUUCAUAAGAUAUUUCUCAUCAAUUUUGCUCCCUAAAUGCAGAGAUCACUGAAGGUCCUAUUCAUCUUCGUCCUACCGUGUUUUGCUGCUGAGGCUGCAUAUAAGAUAUGGUGGUAUGCCUCUGGUGGAACGCGCAUUCCAUUCUUGGGAAAUGCCAUUGUGAGUGACACUGUCGCAUGCUUCCUUGAACUCUGCUCAUGGUUCUAUAGGACGGUGGUCUUUUUCCUAGUAUGUGUUCUCUUCCGUCUCAUCUGCUACCUUCAGAUUCUCCGUCUCAAAGACUUUGCUCUGGUCUUCCACGUCGAUUCUGAUGUUGAAUCAAUCUUGAGGGAACACUUCAGGAUCAGGAGGCAUUUACGGAUUAUCAGCCAUAGGUACAGAGUCUUCAUAUUGUGGGCACUGAUAUUAAUUACUGCAAGUCAAUUUGCCUCUCUUCUCAUGACUACACGUCCCAGUGCAGAACUUGAUAUAUAUAAAACUGGAGAACUUGUGUUGUGCUCCGCAAGUCUUCUUGCCGGGCUUAUGAUACUAUUACGAAGUGCGACCAGAAUUACACACAAGGCACUAGCUGUGACUUGCCUUGCGGCUAAGUGGCACGUAUGUGCAACAAUCGACUCAUUUGAUGCAACUGAAACUGAGACUCCAGUAGCAUCUGUAGCUGCCAAUCAAAUAUUUCCUGUGAGUGCUGAUGCAUCAUCAGACAUCGAUGAGGUUGGUGACGAAGAAGAUGAACUCGACAACUCAAAAUUUGUCAUGUCAUAUGCCUACAGCACUCUCUCAUUUCAGAAAAGACAAGCCUUAGUUACAUACUUUGAGAACAAUAGAGCCGGGAUUACAUUAUAUGGCUUCAUUCUCGACAGAACUUCGCUUCACACCAUAUUUGGUAUAGAGUUGUCCCUUGUUCUGUGGUUGCUUGGAAAGACAAUUAGUUCACUUAAUUGACUGAUUACACAACCUCAAUGUUCGGGGUGAUUGAUUCUUGAAAUCCACCAUUUGAUUGUGCAAUUUGGUGCCAUUUAUUCAUUUAAGUUUGUACAUCUUCUAUAUUUAUUAUUUCUUCUUUCCCGUAUUUUCUCUUGUUUCUCAGGGGAGCUAUUUUUAUGGCAUUUGUAUUGAUUUCGCAAGUCGAGCCAAAUAAUGUUUCUAUA